ACACUGCUCCAAUUGUUUACCUAAUGGAGCGUUUGAAGAGAAAGCUCCCCGGCACAAAAUAUAAAAGCGUAAAUCCAACAGCACCUCUUACAGUAAAUCCUCAUUAGUGCCGAAAUGCAGCCGUUCGCCAAACUUCUUUUCGUAUUCGCCGUUAUCGCUGUAGCAGUCAGCCAGGCAAAGGUGGCGAAACCAGCACCGGAUGCACAAGCCGAACCUGCAACUCGACUAGAACGACAAGCCGGCGGACAUCAUCACGAUGCGGUCGAUUUUGGUGCGCACACCGGACACAAAGGGGCCUUUGGAUGGCACGCCGAUUUUCCAGUUCAUAGUCAUCACUAAAUUCAUUUUUCAUCCUCUAACCAUUUCCAUUUUUACUAACAUUGGUAGGGUACCUCUAUCACUAUCGUGUACCAUAAGUGCGCAUGUCUUGAAGGUACUUUUGUUGUUGUAAAUAAGUAAUCUGUUAUCUCUAAUGAGUGUGUUAUUUCAA